GUUGCCGUGACGACUUCCUGCCCCUCCCCUGGGCUGGCGGGAGGGAAUAUAACCCCCGCUCGGCCCUCCCUCCUACAGAACUCCCUUCACCAUCCGAAUCCUCGACAUCGGUCUUUGAAGGAAAAAAGCUAACAAAAUGCGUGAGUGUAUCUCCAUACAUGUCGGCCAGGCCGGAGCCCAGAUGGGCAAUGCAUGCUGGGAGCUGUACUGUCUGGAGCACGGAAUCCAGCCGGACGGCCAGAUGCCCAGCGACAAGACCAUUGGUGGAGGAGACGACUCCUUCAACACCUUCUUCAGCGAGACUGGAGCAGGCAAACACGUCCCUCGUGCUGUCUUUGUGGACCUGGAGCCCACUGUCAUCGAUGAGGUGCGCACGGGAACUUACCGGCAGCUGUUCCACCCCGAGCAGCUCAUCACGGGCAAGGAGGACGCCGCCAACAACUACGCCCGCGGCCACUACACCAUCGGCAAGGAGAUCAUCGACCUGGUGCUCGACAGAACCCGCAAACUGGCUGACCAGUGCACAGGUCUGCAGGGCUUCCUGAUCUUCCACAGCUUCGGUGGAGGCACCGGCUCCGGCUUCACCUCCCUGCUGAUGGAGCGUCUGUCUGUCGACUACGGAAAGAAGUCCAAGCUCGAGUUUGCCGUCUACCCCGCCCCCCAGGUGUCCACCGCAGUGGUGGAGCCCUACAACUCCAUCCUGACCACCCAUACCACCCUGGAGCACUCCGACUGUGCCUUCAUGGUAGACAAUGAGGCCAUCUAUGACAUCUGCCGCAGAAACCUGGACAUCGAGCGCCCCACCUACACCAACCUCAACAGGCUGAUUGGCCAGAUUGUGUCCUCCAUCACUGCCUCACUCCGUUUCGAUGGUGCCCUGAAUGUGGACCUGACAGAGUUCCAGACCAACUUGGUGCCCUACCCUCGUAUCCACUUCCCCCUCGCCACCUACGCCCCAGUCAUCUCCGCAGAGAAGGCCUACCACGAGCAGCUGUCCGUUGCUGACAUCACCAACGCCUGCUUCGAGCCCGCCAACCAGAUGGUGAAGUGCGACCCUCGUCACGGCAAGUACAUGGCCUGCUGUCUGCUGUACCGUGGAGAUGUGGUGCCCAAAGACGUCAACUCCGCCAUCGCCACCAUCAAGACCAAGCGCACCAUCCAGUUCGUGGACUGGUGCCCCACUGGCUUCAAGGUGGGCAUCAACUACCAGCCCCCGACUGUGGUGCCCGGUGGUGACCUGGCCAAGGUGCAGAGGGCCGUGUGCAUGCUGAGCAACACCACCGCCAUCGCCGAGGCCUGGGCUCGUCUGGACCACAAGUUCGACCUGAUGUACGCCAAGCGCGCCUUCGUGCACUGGUACGUGGGAGAGGGCAUGGAGGAGGGCGAGUUCUCCGAGGCCAGAGAAGACAUGGCCGCCCUGGAGAAGGACUACGAGGAGGUCGGCACAGACAGCGUGGGUGAGGAAGACGAGGAGGGCGAGGAGUACUAAGAAGGGCCUUCAUCGUGUUGACCGCAGGCUUACCCAUCAGCCCCGACUGUAUUGGCUACUACUCCAUCUCCCCGACACCAACGACCACCCCAACCAGUAACCUCCAAUCUCGAUCUGAUGCCUCCGGCUCCCCAACAGCUGAUAUGUAAAAUGAGCACGGACUCCAUGUUGUCACUCGUCUCCAUGGGAACGCUGUGCAUCAAUGGAACGGGCUCCUGUGUCUAAAAGCACAUUCCUCUAAGCUAGAACAUUCCUACAGAAGGGUCAACGUUUUCAAUAAAAAAAAACAAAAUCUUAAAAAA